GUGCAUUCCUUUGUUGUAUUUUAUUAUUAACGGAAAACAGCACGCGAAACAUCUUCUUUUCGACUGGAUCACAUUUGUGCAUAAGGUGUGGUUAAAGUUAAAUAAAAAAGAAGCAUAGUUAAAAAAGCUUCCAAACGACUGUGUUCAUUGUCCAGCAUUCUUCGAUUGGUCUGCAUUAGCUGCUGAUUGCUCAACAAAAUCAUUCAUCAGUCGUUACGAUUUCCGUUCGCCAAUAAAAAUGACUUCCACCGAAACACGUUGUGGCCUCACUUGCAGCACCCGUCCAUCCAGCCGUGUUCUAAAGCCGCCAGGCGGUGGUCAUUCCAAUAUCUUUUCUGAGCCUGAGAUUGCUGUUAAUGCGCCACGUCCCAAAUACAAUCAACAAAAUUCUUCCAACAUGAAUGCAUGCAUGAACUCCACAGAUCCGAAUCAAAAGGUUGAGAAACUGCGUGAGGAGAUCACGCACAACAAGCAAGCCCAGCCUGAGGCUGACAUCCAGACAGUCAAUACGGGUGCCGCCACGACACCUACCGGUGGUCAGGCUAAUAACCAGUCUGGCACCAAUGAGCAGCCGUCGCGUACGCGUGUGCCCCCAGGUGGUUUCUCUUCGGGUGGAUUCUGGUAAAAUGCCGGUAGCGCCCUAAUAAAGUGAUGCGAUAACAGCUCGAAACAAAACAAAGAAAAUAAAUUACAUUAAAUAAGUUAUUUAUACGCAUCGAAAGAAUUGCACUAACAACAACAACCACAACAAACAAACAAACAAUCGCAUUUACUUCUACUACUUGCUUCUCUCUAUAUCCACAACUAAAAAAUUGCUUACAGCAAUUAAAAAAAUUAAAGAAAUUCACAAAUUUCAAGUAUACUUCCUUCCCACAAACUCUAUAUGUAUUGCCUUGUGUGACAAAAAUAUUAUAUUUAAAAUUAACAACAAAACAAAAAAAGAAAAUGCCAACUAUCCCUUAAACAUAAGCGCAGAGAGCGUGUGCGUGCGUCAGUUGGCAACGUUUUGCACUUUUAUACGAAUUUGCGAAUUUGUUGAGAAAUUUGAAAGAAACAAGUGAAUUUUUGUAUCAUAAUUUACUAAUCUUCGUCUAUUUUUUACGGUAGUGUUAUGACGCGGUUUCUUUGACAAAUGUAAAUCUGUGUUGCUGCACGCGCUCACACUCUCAGUCCUUUCGUACUUAUAUUUAAUUUAUAAUUUAUAUGUAUAUUCUGUAUGUUAUAUAUACGUGAACAAACCAAUUUCUAUAUAAAUUGGAUACUUACUAAAUUUUUUGGAUAAACAUAAGAAAUUAUAAAAGAAAUACAUUUAAAAAAGAAUUGCUUCAAAAUUU